AUGUCCGUUGUAAGUUGCGUUGAUGGGGUUUUCUGCGUUAUUAAAGAUUGUUACUGUAAAUCGGACAUUAAAAUUUACUUGUGGAAUCCUGCAUUGCGACAAUCGAUUCUGUUGCCUCGUGAUAUGAAAUUAGGUCGUUUUACUCUAGCUGUUGGUUUUGGGUAUGAUAAUGAGAGUCAGGAUUAUAAAGUAGCCAAAUUUCACCUCAAAGAAGGAGGAAAUAUAGCCACCUACAAGCUUGAUGUUUAUAGCCUUAAAACUCAUUCAUGGACCACAUUGCUAACCCCUGUUGAUAAAGCUUCUGAGUCUUUUCGUGUAUCCCGUCAAGUGAGUUGUAGAAAUUUUCCUAUAAUCAUCCGAGCUUGUGUUAUCCUUGAUGGAUAUUUUUAUUGGAAUGAUCUGUAUUGGUAUCCUCCCUACGAGGGAAAUGGUGGCCGUAUUGGUCUUUACCAUGUUCGUUAUGUUCAUAUGACUCGAGAAAAUGAUUCAGGACAUUUCGUGGUUCCCGACUAUGUUUCCCCUAAGUCAAGAGAGCUGAUUUUCAUCAGCUGUGGAGUUGACAGUCCAUGGAUGGAACAAAAUGAAACAGUAAGUGUGUUCCCAGUUACUUAUAUCAGCAUGUAUCUACCACCAGCACAAAACUAUUUUCAGAGAGAUGCAAUGCAACAGGGGGAAGUCAAGUGGAGGUUAUGUUAUCGUGAAAAGAUGAAACAGAGCAAGAAACAAUCUUUGAUAGAUGUAGGAGUUUUGCCUUAG